AUGGAGGAGGCUGCGUCUGUACAAGGAGUUAGGGGUGGCUCUGUGGAGCUGGCCUGUGGCUCUGGGCCUGCCCCCUUGGUGGUCCUCUGGAGCUUCACCCCACUGGGUUCUGUGGUUCCUCGGCCUGUGGCCGUCACCGAUGGAGCGUCAACCAAGGUGGAGCCUGGGGCCUCGGCUCUGGGCAUCGUGAGUCUGCAGAACAGCAGCCUGCUGCUGAGGGAGCUGCGGGAGAGUGCCCGUGGCCACUUCUUAUGCCAGGCCCUGCAUGUGUUUGGUGACCAGCUCCACACCACCUAUUCCUACCUCACACUGGCCGUGCUGGUGCCUGUAUCCAAGCCUAAGGUGCGGCUGAGUGACCCAUCCCCUGUGGAAGGAGACUCCGUGGUGGUCACGUGUGCAGUGCGGGAGGGCACAGAGCCUGUGACCUUUGCUUGGCAGCAUCAGGCACCCCAAGGCCUUGGGGAGGUUCUGGUGGGGGUCAAGGAGCCACUGCUCUGGCUGGACCCAGUCAACCGGACGCACCUUGGCUGGUAUGUGUGCAGCGCCUACAAUGUUGUCAACGGGCUGAGCAGUGAUGGAGUCUUCCUGGAUGUUGUCUAUGGCCCGGACAAGCCUGUGAUCACCGUGGAGCCCCUGGGGCUCACUGCGGAGGGUUUCUGGGUCAGUGAGAAGGAGGAGGUGACGCUGAGCUGCCUGGCUGCCUCCAACCCUCCUAGUCACUAUGUGUGGCUCUGUGAUGAUACUCAAGUCCACACCGGGCCUACCUACGUCAUCUCUAGUGCCAGCCGUGCCCACACAGGCCUGUACACUUGCCUGGCCCGCAACAGCUACCUGGACACCCGCACCCAGACCUCUGUCCAGCUCACCAUCUACUCUGUGACCUUGCUCUGCACCUGGCCUGGGGGGCUUCCCACCGCCCAGCUGCAGUGGGAGGGGCCCCACGGGACUGGCCCUACUGCUCCCAGCAAUGCCACCUGGACUUCCUCAGUCACCCGGCUCUCCAAUGGCAGUGUCUUCACCUGUACUGGCAAGCACCCGGCCCUGGCACUACCCGCCCUCUGCAGGGCCACACUCUGGGAACCUCCCCACAGCCCCACCUGCCGGAUCACAGCCACAGUGGGCGACCAGCUCAUCUUGCUGAGCUGUGCGUGGCCCGGGGGCAUGCCCCCUGCCAUGCUGAGCUGGGUCGACGAGCAGGGGCAGCCCCUGGGUGGCAACAGCUCCUCACUGGCCAUCCACAUGCUGCAGGCCCAGGAAGAUCUGGCUGGCAGAGAGUUCACCUGCCAGGGCUCUCACCUUCUCAGGAUCCCUGAUGUCCAGUGCCGGCUCCAGCUAGGGUAUCCUGCUCCUCCCAACGUCACUAUCAGCCGCCUGACCUACCGGCGGCACUGGAGAGAGGUGCAGCUGCAAUGGGCGGUCCAGGGUCCUGGCAACCUGACUGGCUUUCUGGUGCAGCAGAGGGCCAGUGUCUCUGGCCCUGGAGCUGGGGCUUGGGAAACUGCAGCUAGUGACAUUGAACCAGACAGCAGGGACUGGCAGCUGGGAGGCUUGGACCCAGGCGUCCUCUAUGCCUUCCGAAUCCUGGCCCUGAAUCACCACACUACUGGACAUCCCUCCGAGGUGAAGACACCAGUGGACCCUCCCUUCAGCAUCUACCCAGCAGUGCUGGGUGCGGCUGGCACAGGAAUGGUGGUGGCAACAGUGGCCUCUCUCCUGGUGUUCCAGUAUGCUGCCCGGCACCCACAGGUUUUCCCCCGGAGCAAAGGCACCAACAGAGGGGUUCAAGGGAAGGCUCCGAGGCACUGGCAAGCAUUGAAACACCAACCACCACUCCAAGUUCAGAUCCUGCACCAGAAUCCACUGACGUUCCAGUAAAUGUCACCAUCACGGUGACUGCAA